GUACCACUGGGACCCACGAGAAACAUGUCGAGUAGAGGAGGAGACUCACCGCCACCAGCCGGUGACAUUGGCAUUUCUUUCCCGGAGUGCGACCGCCUCCACCGGGCCUUAACAGAUUGCCACCGGCGGAUCUCGGCGGGUCCACCUCGGCAGGCGGCAUGCCGCCACCUGAAUCACUCUCUAGCCCAGUGUUUAGUAGCUGUAGCUUGUCCAAAUGAAUCAGAAGCCGUCCGGAACCUCUGCUCCAGCGGCGGCACCGCCCUCAAGCGCCAACAGUGCCGGCAGGCUCAGCAAUCUCUCGCUGUCUGCCUCUCCUCGCAUCAGCUUCAAGAAUCCUAACUUCCAGAUUGAACUCUGCAGAAUUCUGCAUCUUCCAUAAUUUUCUUCGCAAGUAUAUGCAGUUUACUGUUAUAGUUGAGGCUUUUUUUUAAAAUGUGAAUCGAUUACUAUACUCUGAUGUGUAGGUAUAUAUGUUUUGAAUGCUCAUUCCUAUGGGAGACGUUUGGCAAAAUUUCUUUCUAGAGUUAAAGAUUUAUUCUGAAAUCUUUAUAAGGACAAAAGGUUAUUUUCGAGUGAAAAAAAAAUCACUGUUA